CGGUGAAGUUAGAAAUGGAGUUUAUUGACUUCGAUAUGUAGAUAAAUUGGAGAAAAACUGUAUUAUAAAUUGUUAAUUGUUGAUUUAUGUAUCUGACAAUAGUGUUCCUUCAAGCUGUUCCACCGAGAAGAAGAAGACGUGAGAAGUGCACUUUGAAAAUACACUAAUUAGAUACAAGGCAUAUAUGUAUAGAGUUCAAUGCUAGAUAAAAAUAUGAUUUUACGUACAGAUUGUAACGGAAGUGUACGUUAUGGACACAUAUAUGGGAAUAUACCUAUAAAUCACCUGACGACAUGGUUUGCAUGACGGAUAUAAAUUAAAAUGGACGUAAUUAAACUCAACACAAUUUUAAUGCCACGAAGGGCAUUAAAUUAUGUAUUAAAUUGUCAGUGAGUGCAAUACGUGAAUAUGACAGAAGUUGUCGUAAAAGUGUAAAUAAUAUCAAGAAGUAAAUAAGUAUGAGUUACUCACUAUUAAUACAAUUCAGACAUUUUCAAAUUGUGAACAAACGUCUGCUGCAAAGAUGUCUGAGUCUGAUAAGACUAAGGCCUUACUCCAUUGGAGAUGGAGAUCAUUUCCAGAGGAAAAAAAUCGAUAUGCAAGAUCGUGCUGCCCGGGGGAAAGCUUUUAAGGCAAAAUUAAUUCGCGAUUUCAAGCAAACCAAAGAAAAAGUAGAAGAGAUUAUCGAAAGAGAAAACAUUUGGACAGUGCCGAAUUUUCUUUGCAUAGGACGCAUAAUAAGUACACCUUGCCUAAGUUAUUUCAUCCUCUCCCAAGAUUAUCAGGUGGCAUUGUGGCUGCUUGGAUUCGCAGGCCUGAGCGAUUUUGCAGAUGGAUGGAUCGCUCGCACUUGGUCUUCGCAGGCAUCCAAACUUGGAAGCUUUCUGGAUCCAGUUGCUGACAAGUUGCUUGUAGGAACUCUGUUUCUAUCUUUGGCAUGGGUAGGACUUAUACCUAUACCACUCACAUGUCUGAUUCUUGUUCGAGACGUUCUAUUGAUUGCUGGAGCUUCGUAUAUCAGAUAUCGUUCAUUGCCUCCCCCUAUAACACUGGCAAGGUAUUUUGACCCGACUCAUGCAACCGUGCAAUUGGCACCCACCCUUGUCAGCAAGUUAAACACAGGCGUGCAAUUAGCAUUAAUUGCAAGUACUUUGGCUGCUCCUGUGUUUCAUUUUGUAAAUCAUCCCAUUUUAGAAGGGUUAUGUUAUCUAACAGCAGUAACAACUCUGGCUGGUGGUUUCAGCUAUUUAGUAUCAAAGGACACUUAUAAGUUACUGAGGAAAAAGAAAAUCUCUCCAUGACCAUUACCCUAAGAGAUACUUGUUCAUCGCCACUGUGAAGUCUGAAGAAACUACCGUCAUGAUUUAUGUGUGUACAGAUUUGUUGAUCCUGCGGCGUCACACUGCUGCUAAGAUAUAUAUAUUUUUAAAACCUUUAUGUAAUAUAUACAAAUGAUACAGAGUUUGUA